AUGAUGCUCUCCGCCAUAUCACCUCUCCCUUCUUCAACCUCUCCUCUGCCUAACUUCACCAAAGCUUCCCCUUACUUACCAACGCUAACUGCAACUGCCCAUAAUUUUUUCUCCUCGAGGAGGAGCAGGAAAGGAAGAAGGACCCACCGCACCUUGAUGGAGGUCUCUUCCUCCUCCUACUCCUCCUCAUCACCAGAAAAUCAGACGGCUCUCGUAGUUCUAUCAGAAUCACAGGAUGACGAUGGAGCGGAGGUUGUUAGAAGAUUCUACGCAGGAAUCAACGGCCAUGAUCUGGCAUCGGUGGAGCUCUUAAUAGCGGAGAAAUGCGUGUACGAGGACCUUAUCUUUCCUCGUCCAUUCGUUGGUCGCAAGGCAAUCUUAGAGUUCUUCAAAAGUUUCAUUGAUUCGAUAAGCAUGGAUCUCCAAUUUGCUAUUGAUGAUAUUUCUGCUGAGGAUUCAUCUGCUGUUGGAGUUACUUGGCAUUUAGAAUGGAAAGGAAAAGCUUUUCCUUUUAGCAAAGGUUGCAGCUUUUAUCGGCUAGAAAUGUUGGAAGGCAAAAGGCAAAUAAUUUAUGGAAGAGAUGUUGUUGAACCUGCAAUCAAACCUGGGGAGGCAGCUUUGGGUGCGAUCAGGGCUGUAACAUGGCUGUUGCAACAAUUUCCUCAGUUGGCAGAUCGGUUAUGAAGGAAGCUAUGCCGGAGUAUGAACAUACAAUUGAUAGGCUCAAUUGUAAUAGCAGGAACCCAAUAUCUUGCAUCAAAAUCCAUGUAGAAACAAAUAACUAAGAGGAAGGGGACUCUAGCAAAUGAUUCCCACCACCUUAAUCAAAAAGUCUCAAAAGGUUCUUGUAUUUGUAUAUAGAAAAUUUACCCCCCCAAAACCUUUCUGUCUUAAACUUAUUUCAGGUUUUCGAUUUUGGAUCGAGUUAUUUUAUGAUUUUA